AAUCCUUUCAAUCAAAUCAUGGAAGAAGCCAUGAGAAGGCUCAACGGCUCCGACCCCGACCCAAUCCUCCUCCCCUCCUCCGCCCCAAAGCGCCGCCCCACCAACAAGCCCUCCCCCUCCCCCUCCCCCGCCGGCGGUAUCAGGUACCGCGGCGUCCGUCGCCGCCCCUGGGGCCGGUACGCCGCCGAGAUCCGCGACCCUCAGUCGAAGGAGCGGCGCUGGCUCGGCACCUUCGACACCGCCGAGGAGGCCGCCUGCGCCUACGACUGCGCCGCCCGGUCCAUGCGCGGCGUCAAGGCCCGCACCAACUUCCUCUACCCCACCUCUCCCAUCCACCCCGGCGCCGCGGAUAAUAUCAUCUCUCCCUUCCACUUUUCCAAAUCACCUCACCCUCCUCCCUCCAUUCUCCCCUUCCCAAACCCUAAUUUUGAUCUCAACGGAAGCCACAACAUGCUUCUCAUCCGCGACUACCUCAACACCUCCAAUUCCAUAUAUUCCGAUGCUUGCUCCUUCAAUCGCCCUUCAAACCACCACAACAUGCCUCAUCACAAUUCGACCUCUCACCCCUCCACCGCCUUCAAGCGCAACUCUGCUCAAUUUCAAGAAGAAGUUAUACACGGCUUCUUCCCCAAAGUCAAGGCGGAGCCGCCAUCUCCGGUUAUCAAUGAAGCUGAAGCAAAAAAUGGGUUUGUAGGGUUUCCGGUUGAUUCACAAUUCGGGGGUUUCAACUCUGGCAGCAACCAUUUUUUCGGAGGCCAAGCGAGUUCGAGUGGGAUAUUUGGGGAUAUUUUUCACUACCAAGAAGCUCUAAGUCUGGUUGCAGAGAGACUGCCUAGUGCUUCAAACUAAUCAAACUAAGAUAUGUUUACUUAUUUUAAUCCUGUAGUAAUAUUUUUAGUCGGCGGAAAAAUAGGAAAUUAUGUACCCCUUCUUCAAUCAAGUAUGUAAUUUUCUAGUAUUUGGUCAUUAA